AUGGCUGGGGUCGGCUCCAUCCCUGCGGAGGCUUGUGCAAGACUCGGGCCUGUGUGGGCUCUGUCCGGCGACAUCGGGAAGAGGGCCGUGAUGAGGCAGGCGGCGAGGAACGCGCGCAGCUGCGCGGCCCACACGCGCGGCCGCACGUUCGACGCGCUGCGGUGGGACGCUGGGCUGCUGGCCCUGCGGUCGGGCUCUGUGGACAAGGUGGUCACCGACUACCCCUGGGGCAACAGGACCAAGGCGGACCCGCUGCUCCUGCCCAGAGCCCUUCGGGAGAUCGCCCGGGUGCUCCGCGCGGGCGGCGUCGCCGUGAUCUUGCUGCUCCGGACGUCGGCUGACCGCCUCGCGCGCGACGCCUGCGGCCUGGAGCUGGCGGAGCGCCUCGACGUGGCUGUGAGCGGCUGGCCUGUGGCGGUGGUCAAGCUGCGGAAGCCUUUCCAGGAGGCUGCAGGGGCGACUCAGGAGGCAAUUGUUGCCCAGACAACGAGCAUCUGUUGCGCAGUGAGGAUCGACGAGCGGUUGUCUGGCGUCAGCCUGGCGGAGGUGCUCAUGGAGGCCUGGCCACAGUUCGUGCCCAAUCAGUCCAGCGCCCGCCGUGCAGUGAUGCAUCGGAGAGUAUGCCUCGCUUCUUGUCCGUCGACAAAGCUGUGGUGGCGCAACACGCCCCCGCUCGGCGAGCGAGUGGUGUUGCGCCCUGUCUUCCCCGGGGCAUCCUUCCAGACCGUGGGCGCGGACCAGCGGUCGAAGCUGCAGGUGCUUUGGGAAACCGACGAGUGGCUGGCUGUGGUGAAGCCAGCUGGCAUGGCCGUGCUCUCUGGCCCCCGGUCGCUCGCGAACGAGAUUCGCAUACUACAGGGCAAACAGGGCUUAGAGGAGAGCCCUCCCUGGACGGUUGCCUUCGACGGCGACGCGCGUGUGGGCGGGGCCUGGCUAGUGGCGAAAGGCCCCUUGUCCGCCCUGGCACUCCUGGAUGGGGAGGCGCGCGUCAUGCUGGAGUGGCGAGCGGUGUUGCGCGGACGCCCCAGGGCCAUCCCUGGCCUUGAGCUCCGGACGGUGCGGGAAGCGCCAUCAGUGCGCUACAGAAGCAUCACCGAGGUGAGCUUCGUGCUCGACAGCGCGGACACCACAGAGUGGCGCGAGACGGCAGCCGCUGCUGGCAACCCCGUGGUGGGCGACCGGCCGCACUGCGACGGGCCCGCGCCCUGCGUGUGGAUCAGCGGCGCCAGGGUGGCGGCGAGCCCCGCGGCCGCGACUCUGGAGGCACCGGCCGGCGAGGUGGCAGUCGCCGCGGAGCCAGAGAGGUUCGGCAAGCUCUUCGAGAAGGAGGCGCUCGUGUGCUCAUACGCGGAGCGGGGGAUGCUGCUGGGCUAUCCGUUGGAGAUGCACCUGCGAAACCAGGAGGAGGACGACAAGGAGGAGCAGAAGAAGGCGGCACUGGCUGCCAGCAGCGCUGUACACUCAUGA